UUGUGUGUCCUUCUACAUGAUCCACUGUCUUCUUCCACCCGCAGCAAAGUGGAGCGUUUGUGUACGGAGCCAUGAGCUUCACUGAUAAGGUGGCCAAUGGAAUCGCUGUGAUCAUCAUUCAGGCCCUGCAUCCCUGCCAUACGGUGGUAUGCUGCCCGGACUGUGUGUGGUUCUAUCAUAACGUCAUGGUGAUAGUGACGGGGGGCGUGGCCGUCGUCGCCGCUCUGGCGCUCUGCUCCAUCCUCAUCUGGCCAAUCAGGAUCCGACCCCGUGGUCUACCAGAGGAUGCAGCCAUUGUAAACUAGCAGCCCCCCCCACCUCUUUUACGGACAACGUUCACCCUGCGAGACAACAGGAACACUGCAGUCAGCAGGAGGAGCUUCACUUGAAAGAUUCUUCUGUAGUAACUGACAGUUAUAGCUACUAAAAACCUACAUCCUAUUUUCCAUCAUUUCCCCAAAAAUAUGUUUUGUUGCAGCCUGGUUAUUAUGAACAUCAGGUAAAUACUCAUUUGCAUCGUACGUUUGUCUUUACACACAAUUGCACUGCCGCUUUAAUUCAAUUUCUCACUAAACCCACAUUUAUAAACAUGAUCUUUUAAUCGAAGUGAAAUCAAAGGUUUAUAUAUAAUCAGCACACAACACAGGGUGGCACAACAAAGUCAAAGUGUCAAAGUAAUAGAAGUCCCAGAUGAAGUCACUAAUCAGCAGGAAGCUGAUGAAUGAAGCAGCUGCUGCCUCACUCUUUCACUGCGUUAGUAUUUUGCACAUUGUUUUUUCCUCACAUUUAACCGUAUAAAGCUUACUUUAUUUUCACAGAAGCAAACUAACACAUAACAGUUUUAUUACUUUUGAACUGUGGGGUUGUGACGACAUGUACAUGCUUCACUAUAGAGCUGUGAGCAGGAACAUGCUUUAGCGUCUGGUUUUUAGUUCAAAUAUUGUUCAUUGCAUUGGACAGCACGGAGCAUGAGGGUAAAGCCUGACAUGCUGGGGAUGCUUGGUGAUACUUUAACAAAGGGAACAAGGGAACCACUGCUUCACUAAAAGGUCAUCAGAGCUAAAGAAGAGGACGCUAAAGGAAACCAGAUCCAGAGUGUGGUGCGUUCACAGACACUGCACAAUAAGCAGGGAUCAUUUGAACACAGUUCUUUGCAACGCUAGCGAUUUUGAUGUGACUACAUUCUAAACUUCAUUCCAAGACUCUUAAGUGCUAAGGCUUCAGUAAAGGUUCAUUACACUAGAGAAGGACACAUUGAUAGAGCACUACAUUGAAACAGACUGUCAGCAGGUACAGACGACACUGAAACAGGAAGCUACCUGAUCAUCAGAGAAGUCUCACUCAGACUCAUCACUUUACAUACAGGACACUGUCAAUAUGUUUACAGUUUGAGUUGGAAUCAUCAUGGAACAACUAAUUAUGAUAAGAUCAUAUUUCUAUCUUAAUAAUUCCUUUGCAUUGUUUUACCCUUUAUAAUCACAAACCUAAAGGAACGUAUAUAAGGGAUAUUUUUUAUAAUAACAGAUGAACUUGAAAAGCAGAAUUGUAUUACAUUUGAAAGGGAUCAACUGAUAUUUAAUAGGUGAAUGCCACUAUAAGGGAUUUACACUGGUGAUGUUCAGAACAGGGACUUCUGUGCUGCUGUUGUUUUAUAAAAGAGACACGGAUUAAACAUUUGUAUGAGGUGCAACUGGAAA